AUGGAAGUGCCUAGAAAGAAGCUGCAACGCACACCUAUUUUGUGCAUCUUCCUGUUGCUCUCAUUUAUCACCAGAGCUACUGCUAAAAAGGUUCCGGCGAUCAUUGUCUUCGGCGAUUCGUCUGUUGACGCCGGAAACAACAAUUUCAUACCAACCGUUGCACGGAGCAAUUUCCAGCCGUACGGCCGUGACUUUCUGGGAGGCAAGCCAACUGGGAGGUUCAGCAAUGGCAGAAUAGCGACAGAUUUCAUAUCUGAAGCAUUUGGGAUAAAGCCAUAUAUACCAGCAUACCUGGAUCCCAAGUAUAAGAUCUCAGACUUUGCCAGUGGAGUCUCUUUUGCUUCCGCUGCUACUGGCUAUGACAAUGCUACUUCCAAUGUGCUGUCUGUGAUACCACUAUGGAGGCAGUUGGAGUACUACGAGGAAUACCAAAAAAAACUUAAAGCCUAUGUUGGAGAGAGCAAGGCAAAAGAAAGCAUAGGCAAGUCAUUGCACAUGAUAAGUCUAGGAACAAACGACUUCCUAGAGAACUAUUAUGCGUUCUCUGCCAGAGCAUCUGAAUACACACCAAGCGAGUAUCAAAAUUUUUUGGCCGGAAUUGCUGAGAAUUUUAUCAAGAAACUCUAUAGUCUUGGUGCAAGGAAGAUAUCUCUUGGGGGCAUUCCCCCCAUGGGGUGUUUGCCAUUGGAGAGAACCACAAAUUUUGUUGAUGGGAAUGAUUGUGUCUCCGAUUACAAUAACAUAGCAUUGGAGUUUAAUAAUAAGCUCAGCAUGUUAACAACUAAGCUCAAUAAGGACCUCCCUGGGAUCAGAUUGGUAUUUUCUAAUCCAUAUGAUAUUUUGUUGCAUAUUGUUCAAAAGCCUGCCCAAUAUGGGUUUCAGGUGGCGUCAAUGGCAUGUUGUGCUACUGGAAUGUUUGAGAUGGGAUAUGCAUGCAGCAGGGCAAGUAGCUUCAGUUGCAUGGAUGCUUCUAAAUUUGUGUUUUGGGACUCUUUUCAUCCAACUGAGAGAACAAACAGCAUCAUUGCAAACUACAUCGUGAAGAACGCUUUAGCUCAAUUCUUGCAUUAA